AUGUCCAAAGGGCGCACUUAUGAAAGUCGCCCCGUACCCGGUUCGGAGGAUGCUCUUCACCCUCUGGCGUGGGCCGAGAGAUUAUUCGACCUAAAAGAGCUGCGAAAGGACUUUAAACCCUGUGAAGAGCCUUCACCAAUUCUCAUGGUUUGCCGGCUAAAACCUUGGAAAGGCAUACACUUCUACGAAAAGGGUUUCCUUGAAAAAUACGGCAUGGGACCUACAACUAAGGUACAUAGUUUAUGUUGUCUUACCAAAAGAUGCAUAAAUGGGUUUUAGUUAAGAAUACUCCCCAUGUAGUUAAAGAGUUAGACAAUAUCAAGCAUCUUGUUCGGGUGCAACCAGUUGAGUUCCCGGACGGGCUUCCUACAACCCAAGAAGAUCUACUCAAUUUUCGUCUUCUACCCAAUGGAAAAUUCGUGCGUAAAGGCAAAUCCCCCUUCCGUCGCGGAAUUUAUUUGGAUCUUUUUUCUGAGUCAGCGCUCGAAAAUUGUCGGAAAAUCUCCUCUUCCGUGGAACAGAACCAGGUGUGUGUACUUCCCUAGCUUUGUGGUCGCACUCAUGAUCAUGUUUUAAUGACAAUUUUGCGCACAUAAGGACAGUCUAAAUUGUCACAUCACCUGAAACCAGCGAGCCGCCGCACCGCUUCUGCUGUCUUUACUUUUAAUCCUUAGGGUUAGGGCUUUAAACUUCAUGCAUCUAGCUUAAUUCCUAUCCAUAUUCUGUCUCUGAGUAAGACUUACUAGAAUAUUUAAGCUCGAUAAUCUCUCAAUUCAAUGUUAAAAAGCCCUGGAGUCUCGUUUUACAGAAAGUUUGUUUUUUAGCUUACUCCUAUGGACUCAAAUGCUAA